ACCGGAGAAACCCAAGCAAACCAGCAGCUACUAAGCAAAGCACAACCAAAGCUUAAGCUUCCUCCAAAUCCUCACACAAGAACUCGCUCUUCUUAACCCUCCCGGAUUUUCUCCGACGAGAUCGAUGGCUCCUCCCCAGCUUGCCGGCAAGAUGACCGCCAAGGCCGCCGCGGCGGUGAAGCCCGCGACGAGGGCGUACGUGACGUUCCUCGCGGGCGACGGUGACUACUGGAAGGGCGUUGUCGGGCUGGCCAAGGGCCUUCGCAAGGUGGGCUCGGCCUACCCGCUGGUGGUCGCCGUCCUCCCCGACGUGCCGGAGUCCCACCGCCGCAUCCUCAUCUCCCAGGGCUGCAUCGUCCGGGAGAUCGAGCCGGUGUACCCGCCGGAGAACCAGACGCAGUUCGCCAUGGCCUACUACGUCAUCAACUACUCCAAGCUCCGCAUCUGGGAGUUCGUGGAGUACGAGAGGAUGGUGUACCUUGACGCCGACAUCCAGGUGUUCGACAACAUCGACGAGCUGUUCGAGCUGCCCAAGGGGCACUUCUACGCGGUGAUGGACUGCUUCUGCGAGAAGACGUGGAGCCACACCCCGCAGUACCAGAUCGGCUACUGCCAGCAGUGCCCCGACAAGGUGGCGUGGCCGACCGCCGAGCUCGGCCCGCCGCCGGCGCUCUACUUCAACGCCGGCAUGUUCGUGCACGAGCCCAGCAUGGCCACCGCCAAGUCCCUGCUCGACACUCUGCGCGUCACCACGCCCACUCCCUUCGCGGAGCAGGAUUUCCUGAACAUGUUCUUCAGGGAGCAGUACAAGCCGAUCCCACUGAUCUACAACCUUGUCCUGGCCAUGCUCUGGAGGCAUCCAGAGAACGUCCAGCUCGAGAAGGUCAAGGUCGUGCACUACUGCGCAGCGGGAUCGAAGCCGUGGAGGUACACGGGCAAGGAGGCGAACAUGGACAGGGAGGACAUCAAGAUGCUGGUCAAGAAGUGGUGGGACGUCUACAACGACGGCAGCCUGGACUUCAAGGGCCUCCCGCCCAUCGCGGCCGCCGACGACGCCGACGAGGUCGAGGCGGCGGCCAAGAAGCCGCUGCGCGCCGCGCUGGCGGAGGCCCGCACCGUCAAGUACGUCACGGCGCCAUCGGCCGCGUGAUCGUACGGCCACUGUCGCUUCCCUCCGGUGCCCGGGCGUCCGGCUCCGGCGGCGUACCUCUGCAUCCCGUAUCUUGGUAUUUUUUUAGGAUGUCCAAUUUGGGAUCAGUAUGUUCCUUCUAGUACACUUCACAAAUGUAACGAGGCUUGUUUAGAAUACGUAUGCUGUGGAUUUUGUGAAUAUCUGUUCCUUUUGAGUCAAAACUCAACCAGUGUGAUCUUUGUAUUUUGUGGAAAUCGAUAUAUCAUAGGAAGUUGCAAAAAUUACGGCCA